AUGGAGGCAUCAGAACCUACCCACCCUACCCCGUCUGCCAAGGACCAGCCAGCUCCUGCCCCUGGUGUUCCUGGGGGCCCAGGAGGGCAGGCCUCACCUCGCCUGACCCUGGGUCCUGUCAUCCUGCCACCAGAGCAGAGCCUGCCGCAAGCUGUUUUCCUGAAGGCCUUGCCUGUCCCACUGUACCACACAGUACCUCCUGGGGGCCUCCAGCCACGUGCACCCCUGGUGACGGGAAGCCUGGAGGGGGCCAGUGUUCCCUUCAUCCUCAGCCCUUUGCUGCAGCCUGAGGGGCCCAGUCCCACCCAGAUGGGCAAGCCAGCCACCCCGGCCCUGACUGUGAACAUUGUGGGUACACUACCUGUACUCUCCCCGGGUGUGGGGUCCACACUGGUCAGCACAGGCAGGGCGAAGAAUGUGGGUAAGUACCUAUGCCCGCACUGUGGCCGGGACUGCUUGAAGCCCAGUGUGCUGGAGAAACACAUGCGAUCCCACACAGGUGAGAGACCCUUCCCGUGCACCACCUGUGGCAUCGCCUUUAAGACUCAGAGCAACCUAUACAAACACAGGCGGACACAGACACAUCUCAACAACUCUCGGCUAUCCUUGGAGUCUGAGGGGAGUGGGAGCAGCCUUCUGGAGGAGGGAGACAGGCCUGGAGAGACUGCCUCAGUGGAUAGCCAGGGAGAUGAAGGAGCCCCAGAGAACUCCCUUUCUCCAGGUACCCAUCCAACCCUUGCUGCUAGGAACAGGGAAAGAAUGGCAGAAGCUGCUCCUUCUCUAGGGGCCACACUCUCCCACAGGGAGGUCCCCAUGGACCAGACCCAGAUGGUGUCGCCUGAGUUUCCACUAGCCAGCCCGCAGCCUAGGUGGAAGCUGCCUGAACCAAAGCCAUCCUCCCUGCAGAGACAGCAGGAGACAUGCUCAGAGAAGCCAUGGGAUUCCAAGGCCUUGGAGGGCCAGCUGAGAAAGUGUGAGAGCACAGACUCGGGCUACCUGUCACGCUCAGACAGCGUGGAGCAGCCUCCCGUUGCCUCCAGCCCCUUGCAUAGUCUGUCGGAGCACAGCGCAGAGUCUGAGGGGGAAGGAGGUCCUGGCUGUGGUCCUGCAGGCAACAGGGCAGAGCAGGGAACAGCAGGGGCCAGCCUGGAGCUAGAGAAGAAGAAACUGGAGGAACGCAUCGCCCAGCUCAUCUCUCACAACCAAGCAGUUGUAGAUGACCCACAGCUGGACCACGUGCGACCCCGCAAGACUGUGUUGUCCAAGCAGGGCAGCAUCGACCUGCCCAUGCCAUAUACCUACAAGGAUUCCUUCCACUUUGACAUCCGGGCACUGGAGCCCAACCGCAGGAGGGCUGCCCUCAGCCCAGCUCACUCCACCUUCACACCCCUGGAGAAGACCAGACCCCUCUUCUUCCACUCUGUUCCCACACAGCUCUCCACCACUGUGGAGUGUGUCCCUGUCACCAGAAGCAACUCGUUGCCUUUCAUUGAGGGUUCUAAGUUGUGGCCAGAGCCACGGGAUCUGCAGGAAGCCUUUCCCAGGAUGCAGAAGGCCCUGAGUCCCAGGCUCACCCCAUCCCGGCUGGGAGACCGCCCAGGACUGACCUUGGCAGGCAUCCCCAGUGGUCACCCUCGGGCCCUGGUGAGACAGGCUGCUGUGGAGGACCUGCCGUGCACACCUACUGGAGACUCUUCAGCUAUUGCCGAGGACCAAGAUGGGAAGAGAGCCAUGGCAAAGGAUGGGGCUGCAUGCAAGGGCAGAACCAGUAAGAGGUGUAGCCAGAAGAAGCAAAAGAUGUUCUCCCAGGAGAAAUGGCAGGUGUAUGGCAAUGACACAUUCAAGAUAAUAUACCAGAAAAUGAAGACCAACCAGCAGGGAGGACAGAAACACAAGGAGGUGAAGCAGGGCCAGGGGUUGGAACUGGACCUGCCUCCCCAGGAAGAAGGGAUGCAGGGUGCGGGCCUGUCUCAAGAUGGUAAGAUCCAUGUUCUUGGGGACCCUACAGCUGGGCCUAAGCUAGGAUCAUGGUCAAGUCGUCCGUCCCUGGAGCACUCACCGGGGACUGCAUUUCCGAAGCAACUGAAGGCAGUGGCCAGAGCCAAGUCAUCUCCCACCCUGGGCAGCACAGGUGCCCUCUGUCUAAGCAGCAAGAGCCCUCUGCUCCUUCCAUGUGGGAAAUCAGACCCGGGAUGCCAGCUGCCUCCAGAACCUGCGCCCCUUCAAGGAAAAGACUUAGAAGCUCCUGAAAUGCCUUUGCCAGACCCUAGUCAUGAGGUUUUAAAAGAAGCCUGUCCAGGGAACCAAACUGUCCUCAGACAGCCCAGUGGUAUGUCUGUGGGUCCCCAGCUUUCAGAAGACAAGUUACCCUCGGAGAGAAAGAGACUGAAGGUGGAAAGGCUGGACCAUCAGGAGCAGCCAGGUCCUCUGGAAGCUGAGAUCUCAGGUGGCUCUGUGUGGGCUGGUUCCCAGCCACCCCAGAAACAGGACAGUAAUUCUGUGGAAGUUCUAGGCAAUGAGAGUAUCCAGCAUGUAGACAUGGCCCUGGUGUCCUCCGAUGCCUCCUCAGAUGUUUCUGCUGUUGCCCUGAAGUGGCCUGGACUAGGGGACAAGGACCCCACACUGCCUUCUGUACCGAGGACUCCUGGGCUCCACUCCCUGCUGCCUGCCCAGCCCCGGGAUCCUGGCGUCCUUGCUGCUGUCUCAGGUGGCUCCUUUGCUCCCAAGUACCUUCUUAGGCUACCUCAGGGAGAGAAGCCCUCACCACAUGUUGCUCCAGGGCCUGGGGAAGGCCCAGAUUCUCACUGUGUAAGCACACUGCCUGGAGAACAGGCCCUUCUUGCUGGAUCAGAACUGGGAACGCUCCAGCCAUCUGGAGCAUCCUCAGGCCCAGGUGAGGCAGGUGGUACCCCAGAGGACCCUAGCUGGUCCAAGUCAGUGGAUGGAAGGGAAGAAGCACAGAUGGGAAGAGAGAAAACAGACAGGACCAACAGCAGCAUCCCCACAGCUGAGCACUCUUCUGACCCCGACACCGGCACCACCCAGGAGACAGCCUCUACUCUGCCAACUCACCCAUGUGAUACCCAUGUAGCCCAGGAUAUAGUAGGUGAGAACCAUGCCAUCCAUUGCCUCUGCACAGACAGCCCACCAGCAAGAGCUAGAACAUAUGGGAAUCUCUUGAACCCUUGGACAUCAUCUCAGAAUCUGGGGACGCCUGAGAGUGCCCUAGCAGGUCCUGCUCCAGAGACCAAGGAAGGGCUGCCUGCCUGCUUCCCCUCUCAACCACAUUAUUCCCUCACAUCUUUCACAAGGCCCCACGGUGUAUCCCUGGGCCAGCAGAAAAUGGCCUUGUCACACCACUUAGGAACCCCCAGAAGCUGUGAGACCCCAAGCUCCUUCCCCUCCCUUAAGGCUGAGCCCCAGCUGACAUGGUGUUGCUUGAGUCGCAGCCUACCCCUGUCUGCAGAGCAGCAGAGGGCAGCUCCUGGGCACUUGGCUUCACACUCACCUGAUAGAAGCCUCCAGGGUAAGAAUAACAAAGUGCUGCUGUCCAAGAGCAAUGGAGGAAGGACCAAGACAAGGGGAGGAGGAGGAGGAGGAGGAGGAGGAGGAAGAGGAGGAGGAGGAGGGACUACACAGGCACCUGAGCUUCCCUACCCAACAGUCUCAGGGAUGAGAGCCCAGGACCAGGUGUCCAUUCCACAGGGGAAGAAAGGACUGUGCCAUAGGAGGGUGAAGAUAUCUCAUGAGAACAGCAAGCAGAAGAAACUGAGGCUUCAUUCCAAGAGAUAUGAAGGAAACUUCUGGCAGAGAGCCAAACGACUGUGCAAGCCACCCUGGUUGCCAAGAAGGAGCUGUCCCCCACACCGACUUGAGGGCUUGGAGCCACGAGGGACCCGUGGGAAGAGUGGUGCGGAGGUCUCAGGUCUAAGUCUGCAAGUAGAGUCAUCUUGUCCCAGCACAGACUUGCCUGCUGGUCAUGGGAACAAAGAGAAGCAAGGUGACUGUCCACAAACUUCAGAACCCAUCUCUCCUGGCACAAGCUCAAAAUUCAUCUUGGAAAGAGACAAUUUGACUCUGAAGGAGGCUUCUCCAUCUGCUGGUGAGCAUAAUGACUGUUUUCCGGAGAAGGAGCAUGCCAGUGGGUCAGGGCUGUCUCUGCAAUCCAAUGCAUACAUGGCCGUGUUUCAGGAAGGUCCUCCGCCCGAGGGCAAGAGUUUUGAUGUGGAGCCCCCAGAGACUCUGCUGCUGCCUUCCCAGGAUCCAGUCUCCAUGGUUUCCAACCUGUGCAUCUCCCCAGAUGUUUCAGAGCCACCUCUGUCCUUUAGAUCUAAAGGAACAUUUCCCCACCAAGACCUUGCUACUUCUGUGGCUGCCAUCUGUGUUUCUGUGGGGACACGAACAGGACACAAAACCCUGGGGGUUCUUAGUGCAGAGGAGACUCUGGCACAGAGCUCACCAGAUAGAAGAGCCAUACCAGAAAGCAUAGCACCGGCACUUCUGCCAGGGAGAUCUUCACCUGGUAAAAGAUCACCUGGAAAAAAACAUUUAGAAAUACCACAGUCAGGCCCAAGUUCAACCAGUUCACACCAGGAGGAUGUGAGACCCCAGACAGAUUUUCCUUCCUGGGGCCAAUAUGGACAUGGGGAAGUGGCCGUCCAGUGGGCUGCUUCAGGAAGUGAGAGUAGGGCAUGUCACAAUGAAGGGUCACUCACCCCCAAGAGUGUCAUGGCUCCUUCUGACCAAGGGCAGCCCUCAGAAAUUUCUGAAGCCCCCUUGAGAUCCCUCCGAAAGAGGAGUUUGGAAGGAAUGAGAAAGCAGACUCGGGUGGAGUUCAGUGACACCAGCAGCGAUGACGAAGACAGACUGGUCAUAGAGGUGUGA